CAGGAUCCCAUGGGAAUGCUCCAAACCUCGCAUCACCUUUCCAGGCAUGAACGCUGCCGUCCGCGCCGUCACCCGCAUGGGGAUAUACGUGGGAGCCAAGGUCUUCCUCAUCUAUGAGGGCUACGAGGGGCUGGUGGAGGGGGGUGACAACAUCAAACAGGCCAACUGGCUCAGCGUCUCCAACAUCAUCCARCUGGGCGGGACGGUGAUCGGCAGCGCCCGCUGCAAGGCCUUCACCACGCGCGCCGGCCGGCUCCGCGCYGCCCGCAACCUGGUGGAGCACGGCAUCACCAACCUGUGCGUCAUCGGCGGCGACGGCAGCCUCACCGGUGCCGACAUCUUCCGCUCCGAGUGGGCUGGGCUGCUGGACGAGCUGGUCCGAGACGGGCAGAUCAGCGAGCAGGUGGCGCGGGARAACUGCCGCCUGAACAUCGUGGGGCUGGUGGGCUCCAUCGACAACGACUUCUGCGGCACCGACAUGACCAUCGGCACCGACUCGGCGCUGCACCGCAUCAUGGAGGUCAUCGACGCCAUCACCACCACGGCGCAGAGCCACCAGCGGACAUUCGUGCUGGAGGUGAUGGGUCGGCACUGCGGGUACCUGGCACUGGUGUCUGGCUUGGCCUCGGGCGCCGACUGGCUCUUCAUUCCCGAAUCRCCUCCGGAGGAUGGCUGGGAGGACCUCAUGUGCGAGAGGCUUGGGGAGACACGCAGCCGGGGCUCGCGGCUCAACAUCAUCAUCAUCGCUGAGGGUGCCAUCGACCGCAGCGGCAAACCCAUCUCCUCCAACUACGUCAAGGAUCUGGUGGUGCAGCGCCUGGGCUUCGACACGCGGGUGACCGUCCUCGGCCACGUGCAGCGCGGAGGGACCCCGUCCGCCUUUGACCGCGUGCUGAGCAGCAAGAUGGGAAUGGAGGCGGUGAUGGCACUGCUGGAGGCCACACCGGACACCCCAGCUUGUGUGGUCAGCCUCUCCGGGAACCAGUCGGUGCGGCUGCCGCUCAUGGAGUGCGUCCAGGUGACAAAGGAUGUGCAGAAGGCCAUGGAUGAGAAGAGGUUUGAGGAGGCMAUCCAGCUCCGUGGCAGGAGCUUUGAGAACAACUGGAACAUCUACAAACUGCUGGCGCACCAGAAACCAGCUCAGGAGAAGAGCCCCUUCAGCAUGGCCAUCCUGAACGUGGGCGCACCAGCUGCCGGCAUGAACGCUGCCGUGCGCUCAGCUGUGCGCAUCGGCAUCUGCCAGGGACACACCAUCUAUGUGGUGAACGAUGGCUUCGAGGGCCUGGCCAAGGGGCAGGUGCGUGAGGUGGGCUGGCAUGACGUGGCGGGAUGGCUGGGCCGCGGCGGCUCCAUGCUGGGCACCAAGAGGACACUGCCCAAGACCUGCAUGGAGAAGAUCGUGGAGAACGUGCGCAAAUUCAACAUCCAGGGGCUGCUGGUCAUCGGCGGCUUCGAGGCGUACGAGGGGGUGCUGCAGCUGGUGGAGGCGCGCGGGCAGUACGAGGAGCUCUGCAUUGUCAUGUGCGUCAUCCCUGCCACUAUCAGCAACAACGUGCCCGGCACYGACUUCAGCCUGGGCUCCGACACGGCCGUCAACGCCGCCAUGGAGGUGAGGGACGCGCACGGGGCUGCCCUGCUCUGGCCACGUGCUUUGGUGGUCACUUGGAGUGGCCGAUGUGCUGUGCUGGGGAAGCAAAGGGGCCUCUCCCCGCUGUGACCCCACCUUGUUCGGGUGCAGAGCUGYGACCGCAUCAAGCAGUCRGCYUCGGGCACCAAGCGCCGCGUGUUCAUCGUGGAGACCAUGGGGGGCUACUGUGGCUACCUGUCCACGGUCACUGGGAUCGCCGUGGGCGCCGACGCCGCCUACGUCUACGAAGACCCCUUCACCAUCCAUGACUUGAAGGCCAACGUGGAGCACUUGACUGACAAAAUGAAGACGGAUAUYCAGAGAGGGCUGGUGCUGCGCAAUGAGAAGUGCCACGAGCACUACACCACCGAGUUCCUCUACAACCUCUACUCCUCCGAGGGCAAAGGCAUCUUUGACUGCAGGAUCAAYGUGCUGGGCCACCUCCAGCAGGGGGGAGCCCCGACCCCCUUUGACCGGAACUACGGCACCAAGCUGGGAGUGAAGGCGGUGCUGUGGAUGUCAGAGAAGCUGCAGCAAGUCUACAGCAAGGGGCGUGUGUUUGCCAACUCUGGAGACACGGCCUGCGUCAUCGGGCUGCGGAAGAAGGUGGUGGCCUUCAGCCCCGUGACGGAGCUCAAGAAGGUCACAGAUUUUGAGCACAGGCUGCCCCAGGAGCAGUGGUGGCUGAACCUGCGGCUGAUGCUGAAGAUGCUCGCCAACUACCAGAUCAGCCUGACCGAGUACAUCUCGGGCCAGAUGGAGCACGUCACCCGCCGCACCCUCAGCAUCGAGAAGGGCUUCUAGUGYCACCGGCCUGACCCGUAGCCCCCGCCGUGUCCUCUCCGUGCCCACGUGCUGCUGGGGGAGCACCGUGUCCCCCAUUGUUCUCAGUAGCCCUGUAGCUUUGCCAUCGACCCCUCACAGCAGGCAGAGCCUGGUGCUGGCUCCCAGAACRGCACAAUCCUGCCCCGAAUCACUGCUGUGGGCUCUGGUCCCUGUGCGGAUGCAGAAGAGUUGCUUGAGCUGAGCCGUGCAGCCCAGACCCUUAAUCYUCCCUUAAUAGUUUAUUAUUAUUUAAUGAUGGGGUAUUUUGAGUCCUUACUUAGCGGCUUGACCGCCUGAGCCAACUGCUGCUGCUUGUAGACGCCUGCCCCGUGUGCAGGAGGGGAGCRAGGAGGAUGCAGAGCCAUCCCAGAGCGGGUCGGAGCUGGUCCGGGGGCUUCAGGCUGCCCCUGAGCCCCAGUGAAGCUCCAUCCCCCAUGGGGGUCUCGAGGGCUGAGCACGGGGGUCCUGGCGAGCUCCUCGUCCCUUGCAUGACGCUUGGCUGCGACCGUCACCGCGUCGUGUCCUUCACGUGCCCGCUGCUCCCCGGGUGCCCCCGACCCCGCACCGCCCGUGGUGCUGCUCCUCUCCGUAGAGAUAAAACCUGCUGGAGCCAGA